AUGGAAAAAGGUUCAUAUUAUGAUUCAUUGCAUAGUGAUCUUGUUUGGGCCUGUUUGAGAAAAAACGCAUCAUUUUUGGUUAAACAGAAAAGUGGAAAACCUAUUUUUUUGUCUCGGGAACCACUUAACCCUUUAAAUAAACAUAUGUAUAUCUAUUCUGGUCUUUUGAAUGACAAGGCAUUAAGUGUUGAACCAAACAAAAACAAUAAAGGCAUUGUCCUUCUUGUUAAGAAUACGUCAAAGACGUCUAGAAAUAAGCCGGCUUGUCUCGUUAAUAGGAUAUGUUUUUCACCACGCCGGCCUUUUUCUUUUAUAUCUCAGCAUAUUAAGCGUUUUGUAUUAAAGAAAAAAUAUCGUCCAGAUCUUCAGGAGGCUGCUUUAUAUCGCGCACGUUUGUUUUUAUAUUCUCAAAGAACUACUAAAAAGCUUCCUGUGAAAAGAUAUGUUAAAAAAAAGCGUUCUCAAUAA